CGCGCGUUUCUCAUAACACGGCACUGAAGACACAGACAGUGACAGAGGGACAGAGACAGACAGGAGACACAGACAGACGGGGGGACAGUCCUGUGAAGUGAAGACAGCAGCAGAUGCUUCACGUCCGUUAAGAAGACACUAGUCCAAUUAACAGAGAGGAGGCGGAAAUCCGCACGAGGGAGGCGAACUACUACAACUACAACUACAACCGCCGCUUCUGCCGCUUCUGCCGCUGCUUAGACGACGGUUGGUCGCGAGCGCCGCGGCCGUUUCAAACGCCAUGACGCCCGCGACAGCCGAGUGGUGACGGACCGGUGAGAGCGGGACGUUUACUCGCACUCUGCGGUGUAAAAGUCUCCGUGUAGAAGCGGAGGAGGAGAAGGAGGAGGAGCCGCCGCCUCUUCAGGCCCGAGUCGCGCGCGCGUCAUCCGGGCGACGCUACCGCCGCCGCUGCUGCUGCGGAGUUUCCUGGGACCGUGUGCGCGUGAAGGCUUUGCAGGUCGUUAACAUGGAAACGUUCACUGAUGUGCUGCUCGUCACCGCCAAUGUCGGCUCACUCUUUGACAACUUGGGUGAAAUUGAAAGUGAUUGGUUACAUGAAUUGUAUAAGACGAUUUACAGCUACAAGCCACAGUUCAUCGCUCUGCACUUCCAGGAGGUCGGAGGGAAGGACUACAUGGUGAACAUGGGCCAUGCAGAGAACUUCUUCAGGAGUAUCGAGUCCAGUCAGGAAAUGAAAGACUAUGACAGAGUCUGCAUCUAUGUGGAUAACCAGUUCCAGGCAGACAGUUUCACAGCUCUGGGAAGCAUGUACUUCAUCCACAAGACACUGAACAACAUCUAUCAAUAUGACUUUAACGUUAAGGAUUUUAAAUCGCUGUCGGGGCAGAACAAGUAUGUGGGCUCUCUGGAAGGGGUCACCACAGUGGAGAAAGAAAAAUUCCCAAAGAAUUUCUGGCCUGAUUUCAAGUGGUCCAGAAAGGGCUUCAUGAGGACCCGCUGGAUUAUCCACAACCAAGGUCUGGACCUGGUCAAUGUCCACCUGUUCCACGAUGCCUCCAACCUCACUGCCUGUGAAUCCAGUCCCUCCAUUUACUCGGCCAACCGCAAAAACGCUCUCAGAUACAUCAUCAACAGGAUAUCAGACAGCUGCUGCUCCCCGCUGCCUUUCUUCCUGUUUGGAGAUUUUAACUUCCGCCUGGACACGCUCAGUCUCGUUCAGCAUCUGUCCACGACAGCUGACGUGCAGACAGUGAAGAAGGACAGCAGCGACAAAGUGGAGAGAAUCAUCUGUGAAGAAAAAGACAAUGAUCACCAGGUGUUGCUCCAAAUUGAGGAGAAGCUGUUUGCCUACCUGCACCAGGCGUACUUCAGGGAGGACAAUGUCCCGUCGCUUCUGAAAUAUGACAAAGAAGUCGCAGCCUUUCACGACGUUAUUAGCGAAGAGGAGAUCACGUUUCCUCCCAGCUACCCCUACAGCGAGGAGUACACUAAACCCACUCAGUACAUGAACACUCGCUGUCCCGCCUGGUGCGAUCGUAUCCUCAUGUCACACAGCGCCCAGGAAUUCAUCCACAGGCGAGACGAUGACGGCGAGAGGAGCGUCGUUUACAACACAGUGGGUCCUGACGUGUGUAUGGGAGACCAUAAGCCCGUCUUCUUGUUCUUCUCACUGAGGACAAAUAACCAUUGACAUCCUUCCUCGUAAAGAUAAGAGGUUCACGUCCUCUGAGCUGCGUCAGAGAAUCAGAACCAGACUCACUCACUCACUACGACACCGACGUUUGUCCUCCGCGGUCGUGAGUUUUCUGAGCCACUUUUCCAGAUUCUUAUCCUCACUCUUCUCUCUGAUGGCCUCUGACCUUUGACCUCUGAACCCAGUGACACUAAGGACUUUACCAGAAUUCCUGCUGUGUUGUUUGUUUGUUUUUUUAAUUCACUGAUGCAAAGAAUGAAGUGUACGUGCACUUUCGAAUAUUCCUAAAUUUUUACAUUAAAACAGUGAUUCCUGCCAGCCCCCUAGUGGGCCGUGAAGGUACUGGACGGACAGGUCGGACACGGGAAUUAAAAAAAAUGUUAAUUUUCCAUUGACUGUAAAAAUAUUUUACUUGAGUUAAUUAAACGUGAUAACUGCAAGGUGUGACAACAUCAUAACAUUAGGUUUGUCCAACUAAAUCAACUUAGUAGAUUUUAUAGUGUAGCUUUACAGAGGCCUGAUGUUAAAAUGUUAAUAUCUGCCUAUUUAUGAAAGAGACAUUGUUAGCAAUACCAGUAAAUAACAAAGCUCUUCAUUGUAUUUUAAUUAUAUUUUUAAUUUGCACACAGUGUAGCAACAUGCCCGUGUACGACUGAUUUAAUGUGAAACAAACAGGACAGAAAUGUAAUUAACAGUAGACGUAGAAGAGUGAUUUUAGUGGCAGCCAUCUUAACUGUAUGGAAUUGUUUGUCUGGGUCAGUCCGACCUGAGGCGAGCGUUCCAAUUGAAACUUCCGAGCAGGAACUCGGAACAUUCCCGACUUCUGACUUAAACUGGGAACUCGCUUGAUGAAAAUUAUUUUAAGAAUCAAACAAAAAUGAACCACAAAUUCAAAAUGACACAAAUUGCAAAUAAAAUAUCGAUGUAAUCCUUGUAUGAUAUGAUUGUAUUUUUGUUUGCGAUUCUGACCAUGGGCGGGGCUUAAGAAGCUACCUGCUGAUUGGCUACUGGGACCAGAAGUCGUCACAGGCUUGGAGUUGCUGUCCGUCUGGAACUCGUUCCCCAAGUAAAACAUUAGAUACAAUAAUUUUUUUAUCGGACAGCUACUCCAAGCCUGUGACUUCCACUUUGAGCUGUC